AUCUCACAAUUACAUGUAACCCUUUACAACUACCUAAUCUCCAUAUCGAAACAUAUCUCCUAAAUCCGAGAUGGCUACUCCAACGAGACGCAAACGCAAGACUCAUCCUGUCGCACAAUACAAUGACGAUGAUGGCGAACUUAAUGAUUAUUUCUAUCCAGAGAAACAUGAGAGUCCAAGUCCAAGCAAGAAGAAGAAGAAAGAGAUCGAGUCUAAGGAAAUAAGAUUGAGAAGGUUCCGUCCUAAACCACCCCAGGACUUCUACGUCAUAUAUGAGCGAGCAACAUCGCAGAGGUUCUACGUCCUCGGGAGAACUCGUAGUGGGGCGGCUGAAUGCCCUGAGGAAUCUGUUGAGUUGAUAGGUUCUACUGGGAAUAUCUACGUUGUUCACGUCGCGCAGCAACCUACGUGUACCUGCCCCCACUCCCAGAGUGGCCACCAAUGCAAGCAUGUCAUAUACGUUUUAUCGAGGGUUCUUCGUGCACGCUUUGAGCUUGUUUAUCAGCUCGCCUUGCUUACAACCGAGCUUCAAGAGAUCUUUGAGAAUGCCCCUCCAAUCGAGGCAAACUCAAAGACGAAACACGACAAGAACCGAAAACCGAUAGAAGGCGACUGCCCCAUCUGUUUCACGCCUUUCGAAGAUGCCGAGGACAUCAUUUAUUGUCGCGCCACCUGUGGUCAGAAUAUUCACAAGGAAUGCUUCGAGACGUGGGCCGCUACUAAGCGUAAGAGCGGCCAUGAUCGGGUUACUUGUCCUAUGUGCCGAACUACUUGGCAAGGCGACGAUGAUAUGGUCCAGAAGAUUAAGAAUACAGGCAUCAUUGGUAGUGAUGGCUAUGUCAAUGUUGCCGACCAACUUGGUAUUAGUCGUGUGCGAGAUGAUAGUACCUACUACUAUAGCUCGCGAUACGGUGAACGGUAUGGAGGCUGGUGGUAAUGCGAAGUAUCUGUUCAGAUAUCAGACCAAGAUGGCUGAACACGAUUAUUAUCCAAUAUUCCGGAAUCCGUCCUAGGUUUUCGCCGGCUCUUUCUUCAUUGAUUUUGCACUGAGUCUUCGGCCUAUCAUUGCGUCGACAGAAACUGCCAUGCACGACAUUACCUGGUAUCGUAUUUUUCAAACAAACGUCCGCGGUCUACCCAUCUUGUCGCAAUGUUCAGCGGGAUGUCAAACCUCACCAAAAAUUAUGAAAUGUGGCUUCAUUAU